AUGAAGUUCUCUCUGUUCGCCGCCGCCGCUCUCCCGGCCCUUGCUCUCUCUCAGUCCACCACCACUCAGACGUCGACCACCGUCCUGACCAAGACUGUCACUCUCGCCAGACUUCACACCGUCACGGCCAUUGCCUCCUCUCAUAACGCCACCACCACUGCUGCCUCUGCCACCUACCAGUCCACCGGCACUGCUGUCAGCACCAGCGUUGGUUCAACCGCCUUCAAGCCUACAGUCGUUCCCUCCACCGGUGCUCCUGUCGCCUCUACCACCAGUGGCCCCCACAGCGCUGGUGUUGCUCUUGAGGCCAGCAAGAUCGCCUUGGUCGGUGUCGCCGGCAUGAUGCUUUUCGCCAUGAUGUAA